AUGCCCGUCCGCAUCCCCGCUGCCACUCGGACUGAGGUCUUCUGCAUGGGGGCAGGUGGCCUCAGCGCCUUCGCACCUUUCUACAUGAUCAUCCCUGGCGCCGAGGAGCGUGUCGCUCGCCAGACCACCAAGUGGGCGCCCAAAUGGGAGCGCAACAUCACCAUGUUCAAGUCUCCAGUUGAGCGUGGUGUUCAGCGGAUCUCGCCCCCGGUAGCCCGCACUGUUCAGAAGGUUGAGCACAAACUUCAUCUUGAACAGGCAGCACAGAAGACUGGCCGGGGUAUCUCGAAGAGCUUUGACAAGAUGGGUAUGAAGCACACCUGA